AUGAUGAAACUCACCCAGUUGCUCAAUCAGUCGCCUGCAAAGGAGCUGUCCCCUGAUGAAGAGGGCACUCCGAAGAAAUCGGGACGUCCACCUUCUCAGAGGAAAACGCCGGUUCCUGCCGCUAUUCCACUGCUAAAUCCAAAAGUGGACGACGACGGAUUGAUGACGCCACAUAGUUCCGACUCGUCUCCGACGCUCAAAACAGAGGAUCUUCUGUUUGUCGGCCAAUUACUUGCAGACAUGUCUGUGACCGAUCUCACCCGUACCACCAUCGAGAAAGAGCUUCAUGGGUACCCUUGGUCAGCUGUGCAACAGAUUAUCUACCAGUAUAAGUUCCCGGAGAAAUUGACCCGGCCGGAAGUGGAAUUCAUCGUGCGUCUGUGGCACAAUUCUAAACGAGUCGAGCUUUCCGCCAUUGCUCAAGAGUGCUUCGCCCGUAGCCCUGAAAGCUUACGUUCUCGACUCUCCCUGCUUGAGGCGAACUAUGGUGGUGUCCGUAGAGAUGCCUUGCUGGUCGAGGAGCUUGUUGCUUUAGAGAUUUGCCACCACGAAAACUGUUACCACGCAGAUGAUAUCGUAAGCUUUUUCCCCGAGUACCACUACGAGAGAUUCCGCAAACUAGUGUCAGCCUUUUACCCUCAUAAGUUACGCUGGACUCAAAGAGAGCUCCAGUUCAUUACUGAUAAAAUCAAGCAGGGCUUGUCCCACGAAGAUUACGAACUUCUUCGCUAUCUACCCUUCAGACGAAAGUGCGAAGUCAAGGCGAAAUACCUUGCCCUCAAAAGAAAGAUCCCCACCACAGACUUGCCAAGCGAGAAUGUUGAAAUUGUCUCUGAACCUACCCAUGUUGAGAAUCCUCUAUUUGACCUCAUCGAAAACGAUCUAACCAUGACUUCAAUUAAGAACGCAGUUCCUACAGCUUCGACAAUACUGAAAGUUGUCUGUCAAUUACAAGAAGAGAUUGAGCGUAGAGGUGGAUCUGAAAAGAUAGCUUUCACUGACCCCGAGAGAGAUACUGUGAGGAAAAGCUUGGAAGAAGGCCUCUCUCACGAUGAAAUUCAAUUGCAAUUACCAUUUAGAACACAGGAGGAGAUUGAUGGUCAAGUUAAAAAGAUGCAAUCUGCUUGUGUGCGUCAAAAGAAAUUCAAGAACGACAUUGAAAGAUUAAUUUAUGAGGCAGAAUGGUACUCGUCUAUGGCCGAGAAUGCUGCAACCCCUGGUGGGCGGCGGCGUAGAGUUCGCAAAGACUCUGUUGAAUUCGAAACUCUUCGCAAAGAAGCAAUUAAUAAGAAGAAGAGAAUUCUCGAAGGCCCCACAGAGGAAGACCCGGAGAAAAAGCGACUCAAUGCCAUAAAAACACAAAAGCGAGUUGAAACUAUUCGUAAGAAAAAGGAACAUCAAGAAGAGCUUAAAAAAAGAAGACAAAAAGGAAAGUCUCCCGCAACUCCGCGUCAUCAACUCAGAUCAUACAAAGAAAGAGCCACUCAAAUGAAGUCUCUACUUGAAGAGGCAAAAUACUUUCAAAGCAUUACUGGUGAUGGAAAAUGUGUCAAAGAGGGUGUCAAACGUAAACGUGUUCCAACGUAUCAUUUGAUUCCAGAAUUUCAAAAUCGACAAAAAUUGAAAACUGCUCAAAAGAAAAUCGAGGAACAAAAAUUCCGUCGCCGUGGAAGAGCAAGGGCGUCUUCAGAAACUCCAUCUACUGAAGAAAGUGAUUUUGACGAGGUUGAUAAGCUCCAAAGGGCUAUGGAGGAAGAUUUGUCGGAUGAUGAUGAUAUCAGUCCUUUUGAUCCACCUGAUAUUUGUCGGGAUACCUUAGUGCCUCUUCAUGGUCGAGAAUUAUUCAAUGACUCCAUCUCAACAGGCUGUCUCUUUCCGUUUUACGUUUCCUUUACUUCAGACCUGUCAAGUAUGAUGAGACCAGGAAAAGAGUAUCCUGUGAUUAAUACUGUUGCAUCUGAUGUCAUAAGAGAAAAUUUGAAAUCUUACAAGUCCUUGACUGGCUCCUUCCCUCCUUUGUAUGCCAUCGGUCCCAACGGAGAAUCUAUUGGCAACUCAAGAAAUGUUAUCCAUGUGAGAUACUUGCUCUAUCCGACUCAUUCUGAACAGUUUAUUUUGGCCAAACCGAAAAGUAACGAACUUGAUCCGGUUUAUGAGAUAAACAAGAUCUUUCAAAUUCACUACGCUUUAUACUUUUCUCAUUCCGAAGUGCUUAAGGACAUCAUUUACAAUGACUACUGCCAAAGCUUGCAGGAGGCUGUUGAUAAUGAGGAUUUUGGUGCUUUUAUGACCGUCAUCGACAAGUGGAAUUGUUUAAUGCUAGAAUUGACACCUUAUCCGAUCGAGAUAAACCCCUCCGUCGAUAUUAAUGAGUCGCUUCGUUGUUUCUUGCCGCGCAAUUACAACAUAUUUCCAAGCUACACUGACUUGAAACUCCAACAGUUCCAUCUGGAAGUACUCGCAGCAGGAGAAACUAAUAUAAACACUCCGGUUAAGCCCUCUCCAUUGCUGAGAAGAGUGAGUCAAACUCUUCAAUCACCAAAGCUCUCGACAAAAAUGCCUUCGAAUCCUGAAAUUGCACAACUUCCGGAUGUUUAUGUCUCUCGAUUCCGUCAUCUUCGCCCCAUCCUAUACUCGACAGCCUUCAUAAAUCUGUUGAAUUCCAUGACUUCAAUUACGAGAUAUUGCGUCCAGCAGCUUUUGCUCCGAACAUACUCUAGAAUUGUGUCGCCUCAUUCAAGAAAGCUAAGAUCAUACAAAGCGUUCUCCGCGGAAGUCUAUGGUGAGCUUUUACCAUCAUUCGUGAGUGAAGUUUUGUCUAAGGUGGACUUACAGCCCCACCAUAAGUUUUAUGACUUGGGCAGUGGAGUUGGAAACACCACGUUUCAAGCUGCUUUAGAAUUUGGUGUUCACGAGAGUGGUGGAUGUGAAAUUAUGGGCCAUGCCUCGUACUUGACAUCCAGACAAGAAAUAUUCCUCCAGAAGCAACUCGCUUUGCUAGGUAUGAAGGAGCUCAAUUUGUCUUUUGCCUUAGAUCAGAGUUUCGUUGAUAACGAUGAGGUUCGUAAAAAGUGUGUUGACUGCGAUGUGCUUAUUGUGAAUAACUACUUGUUCGAUUUCCCGUUAAAUGUCGCUGUUGGAAAGUUGUUAGUUGGGCUCAGACCAGGGUCUAAGAUCAUUAGUUUGAGAAACUUCAUCCCGCCACGUUACAAAGUUGGUGAUGACGACACCAUUUUCGAUUAUCUUACUGUGGAAAAGUUUGAAAUGAGUGACUACUUCUCAGUGAGCUGGACUGCAAACAAAGUUCCCUAUUACAUUUCCACGGUUCAGAAAGAAGUGGUGGAUGAAUACAAAUAA